AUGAAUAAUAUCUCUAUAUACUUAAUAGAUAUAAGUAUUGAGGGAACUAAGCCUCUUUUUUCAACGUAAAACAACUUUUACAGCUAGUAAAUUAUUAUAAUUUAAGAAAGCAAGCUUCAGUAAUAAAAAUCAUAGGAAAUAAUUAGAAAGAUAUAGACUAAAAUAUUAUAGAUAGUGCUUUCACAUAAAUAGCUUUAAAUCUUACUUUUUUGGAUGAAUGUCAACCACCUCUAUUAGUCUUGGUAAAAAGCUAUUUCUUAUCAUGAUUCACUUGUAAGUUAAAUAUUUAAAUUUUAUGGUUAUCAUAUCUUCAGCUUCAUUCUUAAUUCAAAGGAUAAGAGUGAGUAAUAGCACUUAUUUACCUUUCAAAAUUAAACUUUGAUAAAAUGA